AGCAAAAAAGGAAAUUUGGAGGCAACCCCGGUGUAACAUACAACAAUCAAUCCAUAGCCACACACGCAGACUCUCGCAAACGGCGAGAAAGUAUUUUCUCUCUUCCGUAAUCUUCUUUCGUUCUUUCAUUUAUCCAAUUCCCAUCCAAACAAAAACCCCCACCAAAAACCUUCACUCUUCACUGUUUCUCCUCAUAUUUUCCGCGAACUUCAUUAAAAUUUAGCUGAACCUAACAAGUUACACCAAGCCAUUAUUGGUUCAAAUGUUAUCUGGUUUUAGUUCAAAUGCUCUUAACUCCUUCAGUUUUUACUUAAUUCACUGAAUUCAAAUUCAUAAUCACUACAGAUGGAUAGUCUUACCAGUUGCUGUACCAAUCGUUUCUUUCUUCCUUACAAUAGAAAAGCAACACCCAGAAAAUUGAAUUUUCUUGUUUAUGCUUCUUCAUCAAAAGAUGAUGAUAAAAAACCUAAACUUGAUCAUUGGGACCAAAUGGAACUUAAAUUUGGUCGUAUGAUUGGUGAAGACCCUAAAUUGACCCUAGCUAAGGUAAUAGGUAAAAAAUCAAACCCAGAAAUUUCAUAUCUUGAGAUUGAGAAAUCAUUUAGUAGAAAGAAAAAAGUUAAUGAUGAAAUUGUUCAAGUUGUUAAUCUUCCAUUUGAUAAGAAAUCAAAUUCUUCUGUGAGUAAUUUGAAUUUAGUACGUCCUGUUCCUAAGAAAGGUGUCAAAUUUGAACAAGAUAUUGUUAGUGAUUAUAAGGUGAAUCCAUUACUUAAAAGAAGAAAGAAAGUAGUAGAAAAUUUUAUGACCGAAACUAGUAGUAGUAGUAGUGUUAGUGAUAUUCCUCCUCCUAAUGUGAUGUUGCGGAAGCCUACUACCUCUCAAGAAGAUACUUUUGAUAAUGUGAAAGGUUUGAGAAUGAAAAUUAAACCAAAUUUGGUAUUAAAAAUGAGGAAGGAUGACAAUGACAAUGCUAAAGAGGAUAAUUUUAGUGAAUUGUUAAGAAAGCCCGAAGCAGCUGUGGUCAAUACUACAGAUGAUGAUAAUGAACAUGAGAAAAAGAAUUCUGCUGAUUUAACAGGAUUAAGUUCUGGUGGUUUUGAAAAUUCUGAGGAUUUCAACAGUUUAAGAAAGCCCGAAGCAGCUGUGGUCAAUACUACCGAUGAUGAUGACAAACAUGAGAAAACGAAUUCUGCUGAUUUAAAUGGAUUAAGUUCUGGUGGGUUUGAAAAUUCUGAUGAUUUCAACAGUUUAAGCAGUGUGGAUUACAACAGUAUACUUCAGAAACCUAACCAUGCACCGUUUGAAAAGGUAUCUGAAGUAGAGGAUGAACCAGAAAUAGGACUACAGCCACUCGAGAGAAGUGAUGUGGUGCUUAGUGAAAUGGAUGAUGUUACUGCAGUGAAGCAACCUUCUAAUACAAGUUCAAGUAACUCUGCCAAUGAAUCCACUAUAGAAUCUGCAUUGCAGGGAAAACCUCAAAGGUUAAAUCCGUCUGCAAAACAAAGUUUGGUAACUUUGAAGGAGGAGACGAGCCCCGUGAGUGACAAUAUCUUUAGCGAGAGUGUAGACAUUGGGGAUCUCAUAGCUGCGGCACCCGUGAAGGACCAAGAAGAUGCUGACUGGACAAGGGCAGAAAAUCUGCUAAAGACAGAAGAAAGGGAAGAAGUGGAGUUGAUCAACUGCAGCACCAGAGGGUUUGUUGCAUCUUUUGGCUCUUUGGUAGGGUUCUUACCCUACAGGAAUUUAGGCUCCAAAUGGAAAUUCUUAGCUUUUGAAUCGUGGCUGAGAAGAAAAGGCUUAGACCCGUCCAUGUACAAACAAAAUGCAAGCAUCAUUGGAGGUUAUGAAGUUCAGACCAAGAGUUUGCCUCUGGAUACAAAUCCAAGUCCGGCAAAAGUUGGGAAAUUUGGUGGGGAAUUGUCACAGGACAUGAGGGUGGAAGAUCUACUUGAGAUAUAUGACCAAGAGAAGAUCAAAUUUUUAUCAUCCUUUAUUGGUCAGAGAACAAAGGUGAAUGUGUUAAUGGCUGAUAGGAACUCCAGAAAGCUGAUGUUCUCUAUUAGACCGAAGGAAAGGGAAGAAUCUGUUGAGAAGAAGAGAAAUCUAAUGGCUAAGCUUAGCGUUGGAGAUGUUGUGAAAUGUUGUAUCAAGAAAAUCACUUACUUCGGUAUAUUUGUUGAGGUUGAAGGCGUGCCAGCUCUGAUUCACCAGUCAGAAGUUUCGUGGGAUGCUACAGUAAAUCCUUCAGCAUUUUUUAAACUUGGUCAGAUUAUCGAUGCAAAAGUUCUCCAACUGGAUUAUGCACUCGAACGCAUCUCAUUGUCAUUGAAAGAAAUAGCGCCAGAUCCGCUGAUCGAGGCAUUGGAGUUUGUAGUAGGUGACCGAAAUUCUUUGGAUGGAAAUAAUGAAGCAGCACAAGCGGAUGAUGAGUGGCCUGAGGUUGAAUCAAUUAUUGGGGAACUGCAGAAGAUUGCAGGAGUUCAAUCGGUUUCUAAAGGCCGUUUUUUCCUUAGCCCUGGUUUAGCUCCAACAUUUCAGGUGUAUAUGGCGUCCAUGUUCGAAAACCAAUAUAAGUUACUUGCUCGUUCUGGAAACAAAGUACAAGAGGUUAUGGUACAAGCGUCUUUGGAUAAAGAACAGAUGAAAGCUGUAAUCCUAACAUGUACAAAUAAGGUUGAAUAGAAACAAUUUUACUGUUUUUUGAAACUAUAUCGCUUAGACCCCCUAUUUGUAAUAAACUUCAUAGCCUAGAACCUAGCUAGCGAUUCGGUGUAUGGGAGAUCAGGAGUAUUGUUCGGUUGCAUAAAUCUCAGAAACUGUCAGUAUAUCAGCAAUGUAUGUGAUUCAAUUUAUGUGGAAUUCGACGGUGGCUGGAUGUCAGUCGAUUUUAUCUACAUCAUUCUGUUAAUAAAUGUAUGAAAGUUCCUGAUUUAGGCAUUUCAUUGAACUCU